ACAUUACAUUAAAAAAAAUAAAUUAUUAUUUCUUCUCUCUCUCAAAAAAAUUGUGAAAAUGGCACAAUCCAUUCGUUUCUUUGCUACUUUGUUUCUUCUAGCCAUGCUUGUUAUGGCUACUGAAAUGGGACCAACGAGAAUCGUAGAGGCAAGACAUUGUGAGUCGUUGAGCCAUCGUUUCAAGGGACCAUGUGUGAGCGAUAAGAAUUGUGCCUCGGUUUGCGAGACCGAAAGAUUUUCCGGUGGUAAUUGCCGUGGAUUCCGUCGCCGUUGCUUUUGCACCAAGCCAUGCUAAAUAAAUAAUUUUGAUUUUUAUGUGUAAAAGAAGAAGUUUGAGAAGAAAAAAAAUAUUAUGUAAUUUUGAAUAAAGAUGUAUUGUAAUGCUAGUUUUGUUUGUAAAAACUAGUUGUGAUCUUUGAAUUUGUAUGCAAUUAUGGUGCACUAGACUUGUAAUUCUUCAUGUGGUGUAUUUUUAUUUUUAUUUUUGAAAUAUUAUAGAUAAAAUUUGUCUUUUAGCCUUUUUGUUAGUAAGUUUUAAUAAAAUAUUCUUCGAUGCGGAAUCAAGAAUCGAUCAUUUCUUUU